AUGGGCGUACAAGGUAAGUUGAUUGUUUCAUUGGAAGUGAAGUGUGGAGGACAUUCGGUUCAUGAUAUUUUCCACACUAAUACCCAACAUCUACCCAACAUAAGCCCUAGUAGAGUCAAGCAUUUUGAGAUUCAUGAAGGUGAAAAAGGAGAAAUUGGUUCGGUUGCUAGCUGGAAAUAUUACGAAGAUGGAAAAGAAAUGUUUGUUAAGACCGUGAUUGAAGCCAUCGAUCCUCAGACGAAUUCAAUCACUUGGAAUGCGAUUGAAGGAAAUUUGUUAGAUUUGUAUAAUUCCUUCAAUGUUAUUAUAUCCUCUGAACAUCAAUGGAUUACAUAUGCACUUCUGUAUGAGAAGAAAACCGAAGAUAUCUCAGAACCCCUUGCUCUCUUGGAUUAUUGCAUUGGUGUGAUCAAGGAUAUAGAGGGUCACCUUCUUGAGAAUUAGAAAAUCUAUGAUGUUCAAUGGU